CCUGACCAGCCCCACAAGUAGUCUAAAAGACCCGCUAAGGCUGACCGCCCAGCCUGCUGAUUGGCCCCUUGCUUUAACUGUUCCUGAAGCUUCAAUUCACAUCUCUUUCUAUCUUUCUAUCCAUCUCUUCUGCUCCUCUUCCGUUUCUCAUCGGACGGCCGUUCCUCCAAGGCACUUCAAUCUCCCUCUUACCCUCCCAUCAGGGGGGCGUUCUCUCGGUCUGUCCAUUCGCUGAUUCUUCUGUGCCAUUCCCUCUCUUCUUUGGCCUCCCAUCAAGCCCAUGCAUCCCGAUCCCUCCUGGGAUAUCGCCGCCCAUUACGGGACCACCAUGCCAGCGCGAGCCACAGAACCUGCCGCCUUUGCUGCGGCCACAGCAGGCUGGAAGAAGCGGAAACUGGAUGCCGUUUACCAUGAGCAUCCAGCAUUACCAGACGAAACCACUUUCUCUCCAUCACCUGUACAACAUAAUCUCUAUUCUCCACUUCACGUCGAUUAUCGAACUGAAGAUGAGAUGAUGAAGUCGAAUCCAGCGUUUCUUGCAACAGAUGCAAUGAUGCAUCCUCGCCCCCGCAUUCAGCCCUCCCUCACGAAAAAGCGACGCCUAUUGCAUCAGCAGCAACAGCAACCACAACAACCACAGUACAUCCAGCAACCUCAACCUCGAUUAUAUGCCCUUAAUACGAAUCUCAAAACCCCCUCGAGACUCUACUCGCCGGAGAUCUCACCUAAGACUAUCCCUUCCUCUAUGGACCAACAUCAGUAUCCCACCCAGGUGGCUGCUGCCUCUGUCCUCCGUCCCUGCCACAUCUGUCACCGACGACCGACAACGCGUGAGGUACUCGACGCAUAUGCGACUUGUGAACUUUGUGGCGAGCGAGCGUGUUACAUUUGCCUAAGGGAGUGCAGCGCGGUGGAUUGCCGGGGCGCGGGCUCGACCCCUUCCAUUGCUGUCCCGUCUCUGUAUGGACCGGAUGCCAUGAUUGAUGACACCGAUGAUGUUCCCCCUGCAAGUGGUUGGAGACAGACCGAUUGGAGGUAUCCGCAGGCAGCAGAUGUCGGGAAGAGAAGGAAAGUGUGCUCAUGGUGUGCGGUCGAGGGGUUGACUGACGGUGGCAUGGAAGUCGUACAUUGUCUGGACUGUGUCCGGCGGGUGACAUGACUUUGAUACCGCGGGUCAUUCAACAAUUGGAGCGACUAUCUCAGGAGGAAGAACAUAGUUUUUCGGGGAGGUUUACACGGAAUCAGCACAAACACGACUGGAAGGACAGGACACGUCGUUUUCUCCCAUCAUUUCUAUUAUCACUUUCCUACAGUCUCAUGUCAUAUUAUACCCACACCCUGUAUAUCCUGUCAGAUUAUACCCGCAUCGUUCCAAUGGAAGAGUAUAAUGAAACGGAUUCUAUGAUAUUCCAGAGUUAAUUUA